AUGACCAUCGAUGAUGAGAAUGCCGAUCAAGGUCGUGAUAAUGUCAAAUCCAACAGUCCAGAGGAGCAGCUCACAGUUGCUCAACUUUUUCACAAAGCUGAUGAGAUCCGCACGUUCUUGGCCAGAAGGAAAAACGUCUUCUAUGACGGGUCUCUCUGGACCGACCAUCAAGAGCUCCAAAACUUGUACAAGCAGAUCUUGUUGCGCGACUUGAACUACGCUUUGGACAAGAAGGUUGAGGUGGACUUGUGGAAUGCCUGCUUUCGUGAUUACAUCUCGUUCUUGCAAACCGCAGGUCGAGAUCGGGCUAGCUUUCAAAAACAGAAAGCUGCCGAGGCUCAACAAGUUCUCAAUUGGUUCACGCAUAUGGCCACUGGGUUCUACACCAUAUUUUUGGAAGAACUGCGACCUAAAGUGGUCGCUGAUCUACCCAUGUUGAGAGUGGCCAGAGGCUUUAACCGAUCAGCUGGAGCUGAGGGUCCUGAAGGGAAACUGUCCAAAUCUGACCUUCAAAGCUAUGUGUAUCUCAUUCAGUAUUGUUUGGUCCAUUUAGGAGACCUUUCUCGAUACAGGGCGGAACUGUCCAAUGCUGAAAGCUACUACCGACAAGCAAUUCAAGUUGCUCCUAACUCGGGACAAGCCUACAACCAAGUGGCCCUCCUUGUAGGCAAUAGUGGUGAUCUCCUCUCUGCGGCCUUCUAUUAUGUUCGAGCUCUGGCUCUCAAGCAUCCGUUCAUGGCCGCGGCCUCGAAUCUCUCGAAACUGUUUGCCAAGGUCGAAGAACUUCAUCAAAAAGAAGGGAGAGCCCUUCCCUAUAAAGAUGUGGUCAUUUCGGCCCAGACAUUUGUGCCUUACGUGCUUCAAUUCCAUUCCUACAUUCAUUCGGCCGUGCAUUUGCGAACAGCGGCUAAGUAUUGUGAUCUUCUGAAUUCCUCCAUGACCAGUCUAAUUGCCACGGAAAGCAUGAAACGGUAAGAAGUGUUCAAAAUCCUCACCCUUAGUCUCUUCUUGAGCCAUCAACAUUUGGGGCCACAUGAAAUCGACCGAACGGCCGACGAAAGGAAGGUCUGGGAGUUGCUCAAUGAGUUGCUAGGAGGGUUUUUGAACGCAUUUCUUUUGCCGGUGUAUACAUGGAAAGAGGAUUAUUCCUUACUGACCUACUUCGCCCUACCAGCCGUUAAGAUCCUUCUAAGCUGGAUUUGCCUGAAUCCAAAGGUGCUGGACUCAAAAGCGUUUCUAAAACGCUUACAGAUAUGGCCAAGUUUGUGUCGAUUGCUAAAUCAACUAUCAACCUUGACCUUGGAGCAUAUUACGGAAUUGGAAUCGCUCGCCAGUAUCCCCUUGCCCGAAGAUUACGAUUUGCAAUGUUUCCUUCCACUGUGCUCGAAUUUGAAAUGCUUGAGUUUCAAGAAAGUGUCCACCUUCGCCGAUGAGAGCUUCAAGGCCAAGAUUCCUCUGCUUAGAGCAUACCGCAUUCUUAAACUAGGUGAGCAAUUAGCUUCAGAUGUCUUCAGUGGCCGGAAAGUGAUAGCGUGCAAGUCUUUCGAGGAUCUAGCCAAUUCGCACGAGAAAAGCUUUGAAGCGAUCGAGCAGAAGAUUCCACAAGAGCUAAUCAAGGAUCUUGACUCUGCCGACCUGGAUUCAAGUUCAGAGGAAGAGGAUCCUGACGGCGAUAAUGAUUCGAGCGAAGGCAAUAGUGCCAUCCAAGAACCCGUUGUGCUCAAGCCAUCUCCCGUCCCUGAAGUAAGUGUCAUGAAAAAGAAGUCUACUCACCGCACGAAUGUUGCAAUGGAGGCCAUUCUGCGCCAAGCUCAAACCAAACAACCAGCUCCCAGCAGCACCUUACCACCCAAUUCAAAGAGCCUCAGUAGCAGCAGCAACAACAACAACAGCAGCAACAGUCUAGCUACCCCUCCACUUUCAAAUCCAGCCUCCCAGUUUCAUCCGUUAUCUCCUCCCGGGCCCAUUCGACCUUCAAGACCGGAUUUCAGUAUCCCGCCGCCUAGAAUGUUGGCUAACUUGACCCUGAAUAUGCGACCCAGAGCGGCACCUGAGAGGCCUAUGUCCUUGAAUGGCAGCCCUAUGACAGGUGGGUUCGGAUGGAGUGGUAAUGGUAGCCAGAAUAACUUUGGCCGUGGGUCCAUGAUCAGACCGCCAACGGAUUUGUCUUACAAUCUACGAAUGUCCCAUUCCAAUUCGUUUGGGCCCCUGGGAUUAAACCCGAACUUCAUGGAUCACAAUCAUGCUCCUCGUCCGGAUUCCCGAAGUUCGUUAUUACACUUGAUAGGCCAUCAAAAUCGCCCUAACUUGGGCGUAGGCUCCAUGUCCGCCCAAAGCGGUAUCAAUUCCGGUGGAACCUACUCGCUUUUCUCAGGUCCCUCCUGGAAUGGUGGGGCACAAUCUUUGUUCGAUGCGGGUCCAGUCCCGCAUUCUACAUCCAGCGGACCUUCUCCUCUUGAUCGACUCAUUCAGCAACAAGAACAACAGCAACAACAACAACAACUUCAUCAUCGAUAUCGUAAUUCCCAGUUUUAGCGCAAACAAAAUAUACCUACAAACAAUGCCUCACGUUGGUUUCAAAAAUGUCCGUUCGAGUUGAGUGAUUAAGGCAACGUUAAAGUUUUCAUGCAGAAGGCGGCGGAUCUUUUUUCAGUCUGAUCUCAUGAUCGAGCGAGACAAGACAAUGAAGUUACAAGUUUUGGUUUUGUUCUUGGUUCUAUCUGUUUCUUUGAACGCCGUAUGCGCCGCCGUAGCCACUGUGAGCCGCUUCGAAAAAGGCCAGUAUUCGAGCAACCAGAUGACUUCCUCCGCUACCAAGAAGGCCUCAUCGUAUAUCGCUUGCGCCUCGCAAUGCAUGGUGGUGCCAACCUGCGACAUAUUUGAGUUGGAUUUGGUGGCUCAAACCUGUAUAAUCGGAACAUUUGAUGCCGCGGCCACUCCAGGAACACCACUUAAAGAUAUGUUCAAAAAAUCGCCCUAAUUGUGGACUCACUAAAACAGCUUCUCCCACUUAUGUGCUUUGGCAAUGAAUAAAGUAACCCAUGCAUAACAAACGGCAGUCGAGCGUGAACCUCCUCUGUUUCUGUGAAUUGUGGCUCGAGUGCCUUAGUCAAUCGCCAUGAUGCGUAAUAGUUGGUUCAUGGGACUUUCGUUGGUUUGGGUAAUGUGUCUAGGCUUGACCCAAGCCUCCACGUUUUAUCCCGACACAUUGGACGACGCUUUCUUGAUUCGACCAGACCCACCUACCACUCCCCUGGUAGCCAACUCUGCGUUCUGCGCCAUAACUUGCCACCAGAUGGGCCUUGUGUCUUGCGAGGGUUUUAUCUAUGACGAGACAGCCAACACUUGCACCUUCCUCACGAUCGACACCACACAAACUCCUUCCAAUAUUGAUACGACUUUCAACCGAGUUUAUGUACCCCCCACAAUCAAAUAAUCCGAAAUGAGAUGAGUUAAGACACAAUAAAGCACAUCAUAUUCAA